AUGUCCAGGGCCAAACCUCUCCCGAGAGAACCGACUGCUCUGACCGCAGGGUUGUACAAAACCCUGGGCAGCAGCAGGGCACAACAGGGCAAACCCGCCCUGCUCCUACGGUGCGUCCUCCGCCCGCAGCUCAGCCGUUCCCGCCGCGCCCGGGGCCCCGAACGGCCGAACGGCUCCCGGACACGGCGACUGCGAGCGGCGCAGGAGCGGCGCCGAGCGCGGGCAGCCCGGGGACCCCCGCCCGCCUGGCGCCCGCCCGGGGCCGCUCCGUGCCCGGGGCCGCUCCGUGCCCGGGACACUUGUUGCAGAGCCGGGGCGAGGAGCCCCGGGCACCGCCUGGGCCUCCGCGGCGUCACCGGCCCCGGGAGCGCCCGCCGCCCCCGGCCGCCCCGCCGUCCCCGCUGUGCCGCGACCACGCCGCCCGACCGCCCACCCGCCGGGGGUAAGCCCCCGCUCCGCGGCCUGUCCCGUCCCUCACCGCUCCGCGCCGCCGCCGGGACCCGCUGCCGGGACCCGCCGCCGCUCCACCGGAAGAGCCCGGCGCCCGGGAUGCUGCCCCGCGUCCCGACGCGCUGCCCCGGCGGAGCCGCAGAGGCCCGGCCGGUGCCGCGGACGGAGCGCGCCCGCCCUCACGGCUCGGGCAGGGCCGCGGCGGCGGCAGCAGCGGCCCGGAAGUGA